AGCCCACUUUGAUACGACCCAUGUCACUUGAUCGAUGGCCGGUCUCGAUGGAAGUGGUUUAGUUAAAACGUUUUAGCGUCUCUUAGUUUUUGGCACGUAAUGAUUUCGCUAAAGCACCUGGUCGCCCUAGACCUCUUUAUUACAUGCUCAGUUUUGUGCAACGAUGAAAAAAAGCCGAGGCCUCGGACACCCUGGGAGUGCAACGAGUGGUGUCACACGGAAUUAGGAUGCAUCCACGAUGAAGCGCCAUGGGGUUUGCAAUGGGUCGCAAACGGGGAACUAGGAAAGAAGUGCCAGUGCCAAUUCGACCCGGCAUUUUUGGAAUAUUUGGAGAGCUGGGGGAUAAACUAUCAUUCGCCUAUAAUACGAAAACUUCGAAAAAAGGGGACUCAGGAAGUUAAGUCAUCGUUGGAAAAAUGGGAAAUUCCAGUGACUCAUGAUUGCGAAAGUACAGCUCAGUCUCUCAUCGAGGAGAAGCAUAAACACCAUAUUCCAGAUGGGGAUGGAUUGAGCUGUACAGAAAACUGCUCGAAGGUAUUUGGGUACAUCAAAGGUUCCAAAGGCACCCGCAUUCCAAUCGCGAUCGGGGCCAUCAAAGAAGUAAAAGGCUCAGAGAAAUGCGAGUGCCGAAUCAGUUCCCAGCUGAAGGCUCUACUGGAAUCCAAAGGGCGCAGUCGCAGCCAAUUGAAAAAAACAUUGAAUGAAGUCGACACCCAGAUUGGCGCUGAAGAAAUACUUAAAGUCGUCGAAUUGGUGAAGAUCCACACAGGCCAAAAGGUCCAAUUCCCAAUUACAGGCUCAGUUUCUGGCGGAAAAAAGAUAAAACGAGAGCAUGGGCUCAGCGAAGAGGAAUGCAAAGACAAGUGCCGCAAGGAGGCCGGGUACCGCUUAGUCGAGACAAAAGAUAAGGUAGUACGGGCAUGGAUCACAGAGGGGUAUAUUCGUCCGUCACGGAUCUUGCCGGGAACGAAAAAAUGCGAGUGCAAGAGCAGUGAGGUUCUUAUGAAUUACAUGUUUCGCAAGAGGAUCGACAAGCAGAAAUUCGAAUCACUCCGCCAAAACAAACAGUGGGAGGAAAUGAAGAAAUGGUUGAACCAGCAUGACCUAUCUUUAUCGGUACAUGGACAGGAAAGGGGUGAUGAUGAGGAUGAAACGAGCUGUACACAAAAAUGUGGGAACUCGCAUGGGUACAUAGAAGGAGAGACCCGAGGCUCCCAGAUUUUCCUCAUGAUCGGGGAAAUCAAUGAUAACAAAUUCAUUAAGGUACAAGAACAGCUACAAAGAGACGUGGCUGAUUGCGAGUGCCGGAUCAAUCCAAUCCUGGAGAAACUACUGAAAUCCAAGCAUCUCAACGUCAGCGAAUUCGAAAAGGCAAACAAAAAUUUCGAAGCCGAAAAAUGGCUGCUCGAUCACAUACACAAACGAGUCCACUUCCCGGAGCCGAAAAAAUCCUUAGAAGGACCCAGAGAUUUGCUGACCGUGAAGGGAUGUGAGGAGCAUUGCCUUGAAAAUGAGGGUUACAUCGGAUUCGGACCAUUCAAUGCGAAUCGUUUAAAGGUCGCAAAUGGUAAAGUGGUGGAAGACUCACGCACGGGGCCGAAAUGCAAUUGCGAAAUCAACGGGGUGUUUAUUGAUUAUUUGAAAAAGGAGGGCCUGGAUUCUAAAGAAUUUGAGGCGCAGCGCAAACUAGGGAACGGAAAAGAAUGGUUGAGAUACCACAAGAUCGUAAUCACGUACAAACAAGCAUCAUCUCCUGUUACACAGAGACAUCAACAUCCUCCAUCUCCGGCGAAACGGGAGCCUCAUCCUCUUCCGCUUCCAAGUGAGCAGAAGAAUCAACAUCUACCUAAAGAGAAGAAUAAGUAUUCAAGACCUCCAACUGACCACGCGCAUAACCGUCAACUACCUCCACCUGAACAGAAGAACAGGGUGCAAGUGCCCGCCAAACUAAGAAUUCCUGAUUAAACUGAAACCUAUAUUAGAGGAAACUGUUUACAGAUCAUUCGAGGCGGCAUGGAAAGACCACUUCCGAAAUGGUCUAGAUGUUUUGCGUAAUCACAACUUCGAAGUCCUUUACGAUAAGCCCGAAGCGGAAAGCGAGAACAGUUCCCAAAGACACGAAGUACUAAUAGCAACAACAAAAUAAAAGGUUACGGAGCCAAUGUCACUGGGGAAAUCAUCAAGUAUGUUGCUGGUGAAAUCCUGCAUGGUAAAUAAAUUCGAAAAGCCUGCAAUUCGUA